AUGUCGCACCAGGCAGGGCAAGCAACCUCCACCGACGGAGACCACUCGCUCCAACCUGGAGGACCACUCGCAGGACAGCAGCAGCAGCAGCAGCAGCAGCAGCACACGCCUGGCCCCUCGGCAACAGCAGCAGCUCACGCCGCCGCCGUCACCGCAGCCCCGGGAACAAUCGAGCUUUCGGCCCAACAAGAGGCCAUUCUCCAACAGUUUGCCGCACGCAACGCCGGCAACCCAGCAGCAGCUCCCUUCUUCGCAAACCUCCCCAACCUCACCCUCCCGCAGAACCGCAAAACAAGCGCAAGUAGCACAACAGCCGCGCCCACCAACGGCAACAGCCCCGCCGCCGCCGCGUCCGCAUCAACCCUUCUCUCGACGUCUGGGUCCUCACCGUCCGCCCAGCCAGGACAACAACCAGACGUCGCAUCCCUCCAGGCCCAGCUCCAGGCGCGUCUUAUCCAGAGUCAGCAGCAGGCAAUGCAGGCUGCAGCGCUCAGGGGAGCAGGAGGACAGACGAUGCAGCCAGGACAGCAACAGCAACAGCAGCAGCAGCAACAACAAGGUGGUGCCGCCGCACCUACUGGUGGACCUCCUAAACCUCCCAAUGGCCUUCCAGAUUGGGCAGCAGCAGCAGCAGCGAACGGCAUGCUCAACCUCGGCACGGAUCGCGAAGCUAUCAUGAAGCAGUUGCAAGCUCUUCACGCAUCGCAUCAGCAAAGAGCAAAGCACGCGCCUGGUAUCGCUGUUCCUUCUCCAGUCAACCCGGGCCCGGCCGCGGCAUCGCCAGCAUCUGUCGCUGCUCCAUCUCCCGCUGGUGGUAGCGUUUCGGCUCCAUCACCUGCGGCCACCAUCCCCACUCCCCUCUCCACUUCUCAGCUCCUCCCAGCGGACGCCGCGUCGGCACCAUCGCCCGGGAUCAUGUCUGCCCUCGCCCAGGCCGUUCGUCAGCCGGCAACACCUACCACUCCCGGUCCUGCUGGGCCAGCAGGUCCCGCGGGUGUGCGCCCACCAGGUGGGAUGCCGCCCGGUGGUGGCCAGAUACGCCAGCCAAUGCUCCAGAAGCAGCAGCUCCUCAACUCGAUUGUCGCAUUUUACAGGCAGACCAAUCAGCCGCUGCCCACCGAGGUCUUCAACGGCGAGCGCGAUGGAGCCUUCAAGCUCGGCGGCAACUGGGUCGAGCUUACGGAAAUGUUCGUCAUGGUCUUCCGCUUGGGCGGCAUGACAAAGUUGCUGCAAGGAAACAUCGCCGACCAUGCCGUCUGGCAGGCCAUUCUCGCCAGCAAAAACAUUCCAGUCAACCUGCCUGAGGCUGUCGCAUUGCCCCGCCAGCCAGGCCAGGACCCGAGCGCGCCGCCACAGAUGACCACGAGUGCAGUCCAAUACCUGGUCGCUGCCUACCGCGCUUGGAUCUUUGCAUUCGAGCAGGCAAUGGCGCGGUCAAAGCUGGCUGCUUUCCAAAAACAGCAGGCAAUGGCCGCAGCUGCGGGUGGAACUCCUCGUCCUCCUCUAGCGGGCUCACCAGCUGGGCCAACACCACCUGGGGGGCCCCCUUCAGUCGCUACCCCAGAGACUGCUGGUCCUAGAACCCCCGCGACCUUGCCAGCAGCACCCUCGCCCCAGGCUUCCUUCUCUGCUCCCUCACCAGCUGUUGUCCCCGCGCCUUCGCCUGCAGUCGCCGCCCCUACUCCACCCGUGAUCUCAGCGCCCAGCCCCGCGGCAGUCGCGCCAGCAAUACCUACCCCAGCACCGGUUCAAGCACCCACUCCCACCGCACCACCGCCUGCUCCCAUCGCGCCCAGUCAUGUUGUCGCCGAAGCUCCAGUGGCCCCACCAAAACCCAAACUGGACCUUUCUCUCCCCAGCGCUGCGGCGCCAUCACCCACUGUCGCUGAGGCUCCUCCGGCCGCAGCGCCUUCGCCUGUGAACGGCGGCGGCGCCAUGAAGCGCAAGUCUUCCACACCGGCGUCGGCAGUAGCGACCCCCGUCUCGGCUGUGCCUUCGGAGCCAAGAGGUCCCAAGCGCGCGCGCUACAAGGUCGAGUACCGCCCCUUGCAUUUCCCCCAACCAUCGAUGGGCGGCUGGGACGAGCGCACCAUUGCAUCGGCAUUCCCAAAGCACAACCUCGGACGACCAACACGGUCACUGCACGAGCUCCAAGUGGACGUCGAGUCGGUGCUCAUGGGUCUGAGGUCGCGGAUACCAACCGAGAUUGGAUACGGUCUCACUGUCUUGUCCAUGCUCUCGAUGCCCCUGCAUGACGGGCAGGUCAAUUCUCUCCCGAUCGAGCCGUUGAUCGACGUGUACUUGGAGGUUCUCGACUUGGUUGCCGAGGCUGCCCUUGGAGAAGACGGAGUAGACGGCUGGCUCAAGGAGCAGGCUGCCGCCGAAAAGGACAAGGACAAGUCAACGACCACGCCUCGCGCUUCAGCGUCUCGCGACUUUGGCCGUCUAAGCUAUGCCCAGCUGGAGCAGCUUGGCCGCGACUUUGACUUCAAGGUCGAGGACGAUGACGCUGAGUUUACAGGACCCCAAGAGCAGACGGGUGGCCGCACCGACAUUGUCUUUGCCGGACUGAACAUUAUCCGCAAUUUCUCCCUGUUUGAGGCAAACCGCGCACGCAUGGCCCGUCCUGAGCUCUUCAACGUCCUCGCCGCCGUCACCGACCAGUCUCUUGCCCGUCUUCCGGGCGAGCGUGACUCUGUCAAGCCGUAUUCGAUCCUCGAACUCGCCCGCGUCCGCCGCGACGCCGUGUCAAUCAUUGCCAACCUUGGUCAACAGUUUGACCUGCGAUUGAUCCCCCAUGCCUCGGUCCUGUCCGUCUUCCGCCUCCUGGCCAGCUUCCUCGCCUCAGCAUGGGAGUGCAACCGCUCGCGUGACCCGGGCUUUGGCCCCUGUGUCUCCAUCCGCGAUGUACCCCCCGUCGGCGUCCUCAGCAUUGACCGCGCACUCGAGGCAUUCUGUCGUCUCGCCCUGCUUGACCACAACCGCGAAGUCUUCGCUGCUGUUGUCCCCGGUGACGAGCUCGUCGCUCUCUUCGCGGGCUUGAUUAAACUCUUCCCCCUUUCGGCCCGUGACGUCGAGGCCAUGCACUCGAUCGAGGACUAUCUCGGCCGCGUAGAGCUCAUCGCCCUGUGUGUCUAUUCACUCGCCUUCCUCGCUCCCUUGCCCGCCCGCGCCGGUAUGCGCUCCACAUCGGGCGCGACCGCCCUCCUCACGCGCCUGGUCUUUGACCUCACCCCGCGCGCUGCAGACCUCAAGGCAUCCGCAUUUGGCAGCCUGGUCCGCCGCGUCGCCGAAACACUCGGGGUGCUGAACGGCACCGUCAACCCGGGAGGCAUGGCCGACCGAAUGAGCUUUUCGGCUGGUGGAGUGGACGGCAAGGGAUGGCGCUUUGCCUCUGAAGUCGUCCAGCCUGGGUGGCUCGCACACGACGCCGAGCGUCUUCUGGAGAGCAUGGGGUGGGGCCGCGGCGACAGGUGUUGGCGCGUCGACCCCCCCACGUUUGCCGAGCUCGACGGGCUCUGGUGUGGAUAG